AUGGCGAUAUUCCCAUCUCGAGACUUAGGCAAAAUUCGACAUUUUAUGGGUAUGAAAGUCGACUAUAAUUGUUACACGCAAACUCUUAAGAUCUCGAUGCCCGACUACCUCAAGCAGCUAGCCAUUCGAUUCGGACUCAACAAGGCAGCUCCCAAACGCAACCCAAUCUCUGCUACCCAUGGUCUGAAACGCGGCCCUCGUGUAACUGACCCAGCCGCUCUUAGCUUCUAUGCUACUGCUAUGGGUGCUCUUCUAUGGCCGGCACUUACUGUUUGCCCUGAGAUCGCAUUUACUGUGUCGCUUCUAUCCUCUGCCAAUCAUUUCUUCACAAAAUCCCACCUAAAUUCGAUCAAACACUUGAUUGUAUUCCUAGCGAACUCGGCCGACGACGGCAUCACUUACAAUGGACGUCGUAAAUUCAUCAAAUAUACCUUUGCCGACGCUAACUGGGGAUCUGACUACGACGGCGAACGUAAAUCCCAAUCUGGAUAUGUCGUUAUGCUUGCAGGGGGAGCGAUCGCUUGGGCUUUGAAGCGCCAACACUCAGUUGCGCUCUCAACCAAGGAAGCCAAGUUCUAUGCCGUUGCUGAAGCUAUUGUUGCGACACUUACAACCCAGCAAAACCUUUGA